GGGAUAUUUGGAUUUUGGAUACGUUAACGAAAAAUAGCCCCUCAGGCCUCAACUUUUGAUUGAAAGGGGGAUUGAUUGAACGACGAGAAGGAAAGGGGGAUUGAUUGAUCUUGGGUUGUGGCCGGUGCUUGGGGACCUACGUUUGGGUAGGAGUUCGGUUCGUUCUUUCGCGGGGAGGAGAUGGCGAAGGAGGAAGGGAAGACGGUAACGCUCAAGAGCUCCGACGGCGAGGUGUUCGAGGUGGAGGAGGCGGUGGCGAAGGAAUCUCAGACGAUCAGCCACAUGAUCGAGGAUGGCUGUGCCGAUUCCGGCAUCCCCUUGCCCAACGUUACCAGCAAGAUCCUGGCCAAGGUCAUCGAGUACUGCAAGAAGCACGUCGACGCCCAGAAGAGCGGCGACGACAAGAUCCAGGAAGAAGAGCUCAAGGCGUGGGAUGCUGAGUUUGUUAAGGUGGACCAAGCGACGCUCUUUGAUCUUAUUCUGGCUGCCAAUUACCUCAACAUAAAGAACCUCCUCGACCUGACUUGCCAAACGGUGGCAGACAUGAUUAAGGGAAAGACGCCUGAGGAGAUAAGGAAGACAUUCAACAUCAAGAAUGACUUCACCCCUGAAGAAGAGGAAGAAGUGCGGAGGGAGAAUCAAUGGGCUUUUGAGUGAGCCUUUUUACAUUUUAACUCCAUGGGAAGAUGGUUGACGAUAACCAUGCUUCAUGAAGCACCUAUGUCUUAUCGUAUAGUUCGAUGUAGUUGGUCCUCUAGUUUUUCCAGCUAAAUUGUAAAUUGGGAUUAUGACAGUGAGAAUGAUGCGUCGUCCAAAGACUUGUUUGACUGUUUAUGUGUCUGAAUGAAUCAUUCUGCUAGUUCAGGACCUCAGGUCCAUGAAACUUUGUUUCCUUUUGAUGAAUCUAUAUAUAUUGUGCAAUCUA